AUGACCCAACCCUACACCUCCGCAACAGAAUCCCACGAAGCCUCCAUGCUCUCGCGAAAAUUCGGCCAGGAGAUUGUAAACUACUUCUCUAGCAGCCCGCUGAACCGUGUCUCCUUCCUGCGUUCAAACACCGCAUUCCUGCGCGCCGCGCUCCCGCGCUCCAAGUUCCUGCUGCUGCGGGACCUGGAGCCACUCGCAGCGAGCAAGACCACACUCGCGUGGGUGGGGUACGAGACUGUGCGCACACUCGUUGGAAGCCCGUUCGACACCGAGCAGGAGGAGUUUUUGAGGGGGUAUGAUUCCAGGGUUGAGAUUCCAACGUUGGUGUUUUUAGGGAUAGAUGAGGGGGUGGUAGGUGGUGGGCAAGGGAGUGGAGAUGGGGAGAGGUUUGAAUUUGAAGGGGAGGGGGGGAAAUAUGUUGGACGACCAUGCUUCGCUUUGGACGUCACGGACAAGGGGAGCUUGGGAGAGGAGUGUAGGAAAGUGCAGGAGGAGGCGGUGGAGGGGGCGGAGGGGAGAGAGUUUAGGAAGGUCAAGUUGGAUUUGAGCCUUGCCCCUCCGGAUGGUCAUAUAACUUACCCCAUUGCUAUAGAAAUCUGCAGGAGUGGGAAACUGACGUUGGUGCGGGUAUAGCUGCGAUAUUUGCCCAGGCAAGAAGCCUCCUGGACUGGAAUAAUCGCAAUCAAGUACGCCACCCCAUCUCAUUAUAUACCCUAUAAAACACUACUAAAGCAUCACAGUUCUGCUCCGCCUGCGGCGCCAGAACCGUCUCCACCAACGCCGGUACCAAGCGCACCUGCCCACCCUCCGACAAGGCACUUCAAAAGAAUCCCGAGGAUCCACCAUUCGAGCGACCACCCUGCGUCUCCCGGAAAGGCAUUCACAACAUCGCAGUACUCCUCUCCCCACCCCCUUCCCUUCCCCUACACACUCCCGCUAAUGUCCCUAGUUCCCACGCACUGACCCGACGGUAAUAAUGGCCAUCAUAAACUCGACCGGUGACAAAGUCCUCCUAGGCCGUCAGCGCCGCUGGCCAAAAGAGUCCCGCCCUCCCCCCCCAUUCCGCACACCCUCACUCUAACAUGAAUCAGCUUCUAUUCCACCCUCGCCGGCUUCUGCGAGCCCGCCGAGUCAGUAGAAGAUGCCGUGCGCCGUGAGACCUGGGAAGAAUCCGGCGUGCAUGUGGGCCGCGUAGUAAUCCACAGCACGCAGCCGUGGCCAUACCCGGCGAGCCUAAUGAUGGGUGCGAUCGGCGAGGCACGCCCGGACGGGGAGGGGAUUGUCUUGAAGCAUGAUCCCGAGUUGGAGGAUGCCCAGUGGGUGGAGUUUGGACAGGUUAGGAGGGCGCUCGAGGGGAACACUGGAACGCCGGAAGUGGAGGUUGAAGGGGCUGCCGAGGUUUGUCCUUCUUUAAGGGGUGUGAGGGAGAAUGAUGGAAGGAGGGGCUAAUGUUGGCGUGCUUUUUGAUUUCAUUUGUAGGGACAGUUACGGCUUCCUCCGUCGACUGCCAUCGCGCAUCAAUUGCUUCUUGCAGUGGUCAAUGGGUUUCAUCUGGCUAAGCCUUAGUUCUCAUCUUGCACGAAACAGCACAGCAUACACUAUUAUAGAGCACAUCCCUUCACCUUCUUAAGAACAAUGACACCAUUUAUUUACCUACGCCCUCUCCCCAAUCCAUCCAUCACAGGCAC